GCUUCCAAACCCAAGGUGAGCAUCCCGCUCUCGGCCAUCAUCGAGGUGCGCACCACCAUGCCGCUGGAGAUGCCUGACAAAGACAACACCUUCGUCCUAAAGGUGGAGAACGGGGCUGAGUACAUCCUGGAGACCAUCGACUCGCUGCAGAAGCACUCCUGGGUGGCGGAUAUCCAGGACUGCAUCGACCCUGGGGACAGCGGGGACGACAUCGAGCUGGCGUCCUGCGUGCAGGGAGCCUGUCUGCCGGGCAGGGUGUCCUCCUGCAGCUGCGAGUUCCUGGCUGAUGAUGUGCCCAGGCCUCCAGACAGAUGUGCCCUGCCUGGUGCUCACACCACCACCACGGCCACCGCUGUCCCUGCGCCCCAUGGCCGGGGUAGGGACUCUCUGGGGGAGCUCCUCGCGCACGUCCCACUGGAGAGCUUCCUGCAGACACUGGAGUCCUCUCCCAGCGGGCAUCUCACAGGGGAGGACAGCGAGGCGGAAGCGGAGAUCAACCUCUCGGACUUCCCCUGGUUCCAUGGGACGCUGUCACGGAUCAAGGCGGCUCAGCUGGUGCUGCUCGGGGGUGCCCGGAGCCACGGCCUGUUCGUCAUCCGGCAGAGCGAGACGCGGCCCGGGGAGUACGUGCUCACCUUCAACUUCCAGGGGAAAGCAAAGCACCUCCGCCUGUCACUGAACGAGAGCGGGCAGUGCCACGUGCAGCACCUCUGGUUCCAGACCAUCUUUGACAUGCUGCGCCACUUCCACACGCACCCCAUCCCUCUGGAGUCGGGUGGUGCAGCCGACAUCACCCUCCGCAGCUACGUCGUGGCCCAGAGCCCGCUGCCCGACGCUGGCCCCCCACCAGCC